AUGGAAUCAUCUUCGCUACCUCCUCCUGGUCCGACAAUACCACCUCUACUUCCACCUUCACUUCCACCACCUCCUCCACCACCUCCAUCUCAGCCAAUACACCAGAAGAUAACUCGUGGUCAUUCUUGUAUCCUCUGUCAGCAGAGAAAAGUGCGAUGCGAUCGACAAAAACCACAAUGUUCAAAUUGUGUCAAAGCACAUGCCGAAUGCAUUCCAAGUACACCUUCUGCUCCACGUCGUAGAAGACGUAAGCUUAGUGAAUUGGAUGUGGCGGCAAGAUUGAGGAAAUGUGAACAUUUAUUAAGGGUUAAUGGAAUUCGAAUCGAGGAUGAAAGUGCAAAUGCAAGCGGCACCGAAGACGCAGGUGCUGAUGAAUCAGGUCCAAGUCGCCAAGAAAAGACGCCAAUUCCACAAAUUUUACCAAAUAAUAAAAGUAAAAAAGCUACUUUAGCAACCGGGACCAGGACCGACAGUACGAGUAUUGAGAACCAACAUGGGCCAAAUAAACAUCGAUGGCACCACGGUCAUCAUGAUUUACACCAGCAUCAUUCCAUGUCUCAUGGUCGUGGAUCUAAAGCUGGAAAAGGUCAAUUGUUUUCUAAGCACGGUAACUCUCGUUACGUAGAAAACACUAUUUGGGAGAAUCUCAGUAAUGAGCUACAGGAUCCAAAGGAAGCAUUUCAAGUGUCAUCAGAAGAUGAUGAUAACAACCUUGAUAAUCCCCUCUUUCCCGAGGAAUCAACCAUUCUCCUUGGAAAUUUGAUUAGUUCACAAAGAAAUUUGAGAUCCCUUCAUCCACAACCUGUUACUAUUUUCAGAUUAUGGCAAAUCUUCCUAACUAAUGUGAAUCCCUUGAUUAAGCUUUUUCAUGCUCCCACCGUUCAGGAAAUGAUCUUGGAAGCAACUUCAGAUAUGGAUCAUAUACCCAAACCUACGGAAGCUUUGAUGUUCGUUAUAUACCUCCUUUCUGUUGGGUCAUUAAGAGAUGAUGAGUGUGAGAGUACUUUCAACGAAUCAAGGGCGAUACUUCUAUCUAGAUACUCUCAUGCGACACAACAAGCUCUUAUUAAUGUUAAAUACAUCAAAUCUCUCAAUUUGACUGCCUUACAAGCUUAUUGUCUAUUCCUUCUUGCAGCUCGUAAACAUUAUGAUGCUCAUGCAUUUUGGAUCUUGACAGGUUCUGCUGUUCGAAUCGGUCAAAGAUUAGGUAUUCAUCGUGAUGGAUCUUCUCAUAAUUUAUCCCCUUUCGAUACGGAAAUGAGAAGAAGAGUUUGGUGGCAGAUCGUCUUCCUUGAUGGUUUUGCUGCAAAAUUAAGUGGAGCAGGAUUUCCCGCCUGGUUAGCAAAAUUUGAUACAAAAUUACCACUCAAUGUUAGUGACAGCGAUCUCACUCCAGAUAUGAUAGAACCUCCACCUGAGCGAGCCGGAGCAACUGAAAUGCUUUUCUGCUGUAUUCGGUAUGAAGUUUCGGAAGCUAUUCGAAAAGCCAAUAGCUUUGGUCAUGGACAUGGGGGCGGUCAUGGCGGUGGUCAUGGCGGCCGUGGUGGACGUGGUGGCAAUCGGGGUAGUGGUGGUGGUGAUCCAUCACAUAUUCCUGUGGGUUCAAACAUUAUUGCUGAAAAGGACAAGACAAUCGAUGAAUUGGAGGCUAGACUUCAAGAUAAGUAUCUACAAUACUGUGAUCCAUCGAUACCUUUACAUUUACUCUCGAUAUAUGUUGCCAGGUCGGUGAUAUGUACGAUGAGAUUGACAGCCCAUCACCCACGACAAUAUCCCGACAAAGGUGCGAGCAUGCCACAGAAUGAAAGAGAUAUGCUUUUCAACGAAUCAUUAAAGAUGCUUGAAUAUGAUGUCCUAGGUCAUUCCGAAAAGCUGGUUCAAAGAUAUCUUUGGCAUAUUCAUGUACACUUUCAAUUAGAUGCAUUCAUAUAUCUACUCAGUGAGCUUCGACGCAGAGAAAGAGGGGAAUUGGUCGAUAAAGCAUGGCACCAUGUCGAAUUGGCAUAUGAAUUCCGUUCCGAAAUGCUCAAUGAUACGAAAAAUAGCCUUCAUUUCGCAUUGGGUAAUUUGGUCCUCAAAGCCUGGGAGAAAAGAGAAGAAGGUGAACAUGAACAUUCACAUGAUCAUGUCGUCCCUCCAAGAUUCAUAUCAAUACUACGUUCUCAGAGACAUAAACAUGAUCAUGUUCACGAUCAAGUUCACGAUCAAGCUCACGAUCGAGUGGAAAGAUCGAUAGAACAAGAACAACAAGAACAACAUGAUGAUUCUCACAAUAAUGUCGCAGAUCCCUUCCGAACCGUCCAUCGCUGGCAAAUGCCUGGAACAGGUACGGCGGAAUCUUAUGUGAGGCAAAAACCUCCGGAUUAUAUACCGACACAUCAACAUUCAUAUUCACAAUCACAUUCACAACCACAAUCACAAUCACAACAAGGACCAGCACCGGCAAUGCACAUGCACAUGCACAUACCAAUGCAUAUGCAAACGCAAAUGCAAAACCCCCAAGAACAAGAACAAGAACAAGAACCACCAUGGCUCGCAUCGGAUUCAUUCCUCGAUACAUCGAUGCCGGAUAUUACACCGCUGGAUUGGGAAUAUUGGCAGAUGUUGUUGGAUGGGGAUUUGCCGGCUUAUACUGAUACUGGGAAUGGGAAUGGUCAGGCGGGUGGUGGUUAUGGUGGUUAUGGGGGGGGAUUGGUAGGUGGUGGUUGGUGGUGGUGUAGGGAUGUGUAG